UUUGGUCGGGGCGAACGAGGGCCGCGGGAGGGCGGUGGGCUCGCGCGGCGGCGUCAUGUCCUCCGAGGUGGCCGCCCGCUGCGACGCCAAGAAGUUGGUGCGCUCGCCCAGCGGCCUGCGCAUGGUGCCCGAGCACCGCGCCUUCGGCAGCCCGUUCGGCCUGGAGGAGCCGCAGUGGGUCCCCGACAAGGAGUGCCCACGGUGCAUGCAGUGUGACGCCAAGUUUGACUUUCUCACCAGGAAGCACCACUGCCGCCGCUGCGGGAAGUGCUUCUGCGACAAGUGCUGCGGCCAGAAGGUGGCGCUGCCGCGCAUGUGCUUCGUGGACCCCGUGCGCCAGUGUGCGGCCUGCGCGCUCGUGUCACGCAAGGAGGCCGAGUUCUUCGACAAGCAGCUCCGCGUGCUGCUCAGCGGAGCCACCUUCCUCGUGAGUUUUGGAAACUCCGCGAACUCGGAGACGAUGGUUUGUCGUCUUUCCAGCAACCAGAGAUACCUGCUGCUGGACGGGGCCAGCCACCACGAGAUCGAAGUCACGCACAUCUCAGCCGUGCAGGUCCUCACGGAAGGCUUCCCCGCGGGAGACAAAGACACGCACACUUACACCAGCCUCCUGGGGAGCCUGCCCGCCUCUGAAGGGGGCGCCGCUCGGGCCACAGGCAUGUCCCUGCAGUUCUCGGCACCAGGGGCGGCGGGCGUGGCCCAGCUGAAGCUGACUGCUGGGGAGGAUGCGCAUGGCAGCAGGAAGCAGGCGACGGCGUGGCUGGCAGCCAUGCACAAGGCCGCCAAACUCCUCUACGAAUCUCGGGACCAGUAACCGCACGGGCCGGCGACGUGGUGGGAAGGCAACGCGAGACGAGGCACAGACGUGUCCGCUUACCGGGUGCGAUACGUACCCCGUUUAUUAACGCUCCACAGCUUCCGGCUUCCGGCCUCCGUUUCCUGUUGAUGCCUCCGUGGGUGGAGGCCCAGCUACACUACCGCUAACUGUAGCAUAACCUUUGCCACGUUCUUAUGAGUCCAGGUUUACUAGGAGGUUCUGGACCCUCGUCUUCAUGAAUUCUCACGGGUGAUCCGGGCCGCGGGCGCUCGGCGGCUCUGCCCCGCAGCCUGCCUGAGCCGGCCUGCGGCUGGUCACUAUGGCACUAAUGCGGGCUAUGCAAGCCUUCGAUACUUCACUACGGGGAAGGAGCCAGCUGUGUUUUGUACUUUUCACUCACUGUUUCACUUUAUUAGAACAAUUGUACAACCAUUUGUAUAUAAAGCUUGAUUAAACCCUAUUUUAAGAACACGG